GAGGUAACUAUCGAUUAUCGAUGUCGAAUCUGGUGUUCGAGUGCAUGAUCACGUGUAUCUCUUGUUUUGGCCAAGUUUUUGUGUAUUGGUCAAUCUCAAGUACUUUAUCUAAAAAGAAGAGACUCGUAGAAAAUCUUACCAUCUAUUUAAAUUUAAGGCAAUAAGAUCAGAUCCUAUGUUGGUCAAUCAGUGCCAGUCAAAAAUUUUAGAAGAAGAAGUAAUUACGAUAUCUUGAAAUAAUGGGUCCGCCAAAGCGAUUUAAAAAAGAUAACAGUAAAUGGAAAAAGCGUAAGGACGAUUACGAUAAGUAUAACGAUGACGAUUCGAUAGACAGUAAUGAAGCAGAUGGUGUGCCUGAUGCAGCAAAAACUGAUAUAGAAAAGCAAGAUGAAUGUGCGAUCGAAGAUGAAUUUGGAGCGAAAGAUUAUCGUUCGCAAAUGAUUUUAAAACUGGAUAAUGCAUCUCGACCACUAUGGGUGGCACCAAAUGGACACAUCUUUUUGGAAUCCUUUUCUCCUGUGUAUAAACAUGCUCAUGAUUUUUUAAUAGCAAUAGCAGAACCUGUAUGCCGACCAGAAUUUAUUCACGAAUACAAAUUGACUGCGUAUUCACUUUAUGCUGCGGUUAGUGUAGGCCUGCAAACAGAAGAUAUAAUAGAAUAUUUAAAGAGAUUGAGUAAGACUAGUAUUCCCGAUGGUAUAAUUGAGUUUAUAAAACUGUGUACAUUAUCUUAUGGAAAAGUAAAACUUGUAUUAAAACAUAACAAAUAUUUUAUUGAAUCGCCAUUUCCCGAAGUACUGCAAAAAUUACUAAAAGAUCCAGUUAUUCAAGAAUGUCGGUUGAGGAAGCCUUUAGAAGAUCUAGAAGGUGAUGUUGUCACAAAUGUUCAAACUAAAACAAAAAUCCCUCAGUUUGGAUCAAAAGCACUUGUAAAUACUCCUGCAUCUAGUAAGACAAAUUCGGAAACUGAAUCUGAUCAAAUAUUAGCAGAAUCAGCUACCAUUCCAGAAGACAUAACUUCUUUUUAUGACAAAAUAGAUAAAGACGACGAAGAUGAAGAAGAAGAUCAAGGAUUGAAAACAGUUAGUUUUGAGGUGAAUCAGGAAAAAAUCGAAGUUGUACAAAAACGAUGCAUCGAACUUGAAUAUCCUUUAUUGGCAGAAUAUGAUUUCCGUAAUGAUAGUGUAAACCCAGACAUAAAUAUCGACUUGAAACCAUCAGCUGUGUUAAGACCUUAUCAAGAAAAAAGUUUGCGGAAAAUGUUUGGUAAUGGGCGAGCUAGAUCUGGAGUAAUAGUCUUACCCUGUGGUGCUGGUAAAAGUUUAGUUGGAGUGACAGCCUGCUGUACAGUACGUAAACGCGCUUUAGUCCUAUGUAACUCUGGUGUGUCUGUAGAACAAUGGAAACAGCAAUUUAAAAUGUGGUCCACUGCUGAUGAUUCAAUGAUUUGUCGAUUUACUAGCGAAGCAAAGGAUAAAUUUAUGGGUUGCGGCAUAUUGAUAACCACCUAUUCUAUGAUAACGCACACUCAAAAACGUUCUUGGGACGCCGAGAAUACGAUGCGUUGGCUCCAAGAACAAGAAUGGGGCAUUAUGGUUUUGGAUGAGGUACACACUAUUCCUGCAAAAAUGUUCCGUAGAGUACUAACGAUUGUUCAAUCUCACUGUAAGUUGGGCUUAACGGCAACGCUCCUGCGGGAAGACGACAAAAUUGCUGAUUUAAAUUUUUUAAUCGGCCCGAAAUUAUACGAGGCGAACUGGUUAGAACUGCAAAAGAGAGGAUUUAUUGCAAGGGUGCAGUGUGCAGAAGUUUGGUGCCCCAUGACACCAGAGUUUUAUAGAGAAUAUCUUGGCUGCAAGAUGAGUAAAAAACUGUUGUUGUACGUGAUGAAUCCAAAUAAGUUUCGUUGUUGCCAAUAUUUAAUACGAUAUCACGAAAGACGUGGCGAUAAAACAAUUGUCUUUUCUGAUAAUGUGUUUGCAUUAAAACACUAUGCCGUUAAAAUGAAUAAGCCGUAUAUUUAUGGUCCAACUAUUCAGAGCGAAAGAAUACACAUCUUGCAAAACUUUAAAUUUAAUACAAAAGUAAAUACGAUAUUCGUGAGCAAGGUAGCAGAUACUUCUUUUGAUUUACCAGAAGCUAAUGUCUUGAUCCAAAUUUCAUCCCAUGGCGGAUCUAGAAGACAAGAAGCACAACGAUUAGGACGUAUUCUUAGAGCUAAAAAAGGAGCAAUUGCGGAAGAGUAUAACGCAUUCUUUUAUACGCUCGUAUCGCAAGAUACAAUGGAAAUGAAUUACUCGAGAAAACGCCAACGGUUUCUCGUAAAUCAAGGAUAUGCCUAUAAAGUUAUCACAAAACUCGCAGGCAUGGAUGAGGAGCCGGAUUUAAUGUAUGGGAACCGAGAAGAACAAGGUCAAUUGUUGCAGCAAGUUUUAACAGCUAGUGACACAGAUGCAGAUGAAGAAAGAAUACCUAACGAUGGAUCAAGAGCGAUUAUACGUAAAACUGGUACUAUGACAUCAAUGUCGGGAGCGGAUGAUGCUGUCUAUUAUGAAUACAAGAAAUCUGCUAGCUCAUCGACGGCAAAUAAACAUCCUCUUUUUAAAAAAUUUAGAACGUAAGAGCACUUAUCCCAUAACAGAUUAGAAAUAUAUAAAUUGAUAAAAAUGUAUAUUUGUCACUACAACAUUUAACUGUAUUAUUUUACAUAUCGCUCGUAAUAAGAACAUACACUAUGUGUGAUGAAAUGAUAUAACACAAAUGAUAUAAAAAGACAAAUGUGUAAUAUCGCAAACUUAUAUAAGAUACAUAUAUACAUUAUGAAAUGUAUUAUACCGAUAGAGUGAGACAAAAUAUAUCACUAAAUCCGAUGAUCGCAUGUAACCGAUCGUCGUCGGCUUGUUAUGGCUCUUUUGCUCUUUGAUAAUCUAAAUCUAAAAAUAAAUUUAUACUCUCUGC